ACGGAGGCUGUGGCUCCCCCCCCAGCCGCUCGCACCGGGCGCCGGCACCGCGGUUCCGCCGGGAGGGUGAAGCGAGGGCUCCUGGAGGAUCCAGGUGAAUGAGUGGACAGCUGGCUACAGAGGAGAGACAGAUUGUUUGAUCACCUUUUCCAAGCAAGCAUUCCCAUUACACCGUGCACAUGAAAGGGAUUUGGUGCUGUCUGAGAUGGAUGAGAAGUGAAUAAGCUGAGAGCAGUGUAGGUCAUCACCUGUCAAGUGACUCUCAGAAGCAUUAAUGAGCAGCAGCCCAAGCCCAGUGCUGGUGAAAAAGGGAUUUGGCAAUAGGAGCUGUCUGUUCGAGUCAGAGGAGAGAAGCAAAGAAGCCACUAACACAGCGCCCUGACUUUCACUGUUCAUCAGGAGGGAAACCUGCAUGACAGAGGAACAGCAGAGCAUCAGCCACACAGCAGCGAUGAGCCUGGCGCUGGUACGAGUCUCUUCUGGCUCGUUCUCCACAAUGGCUGGUGCCCCUGCACAUUCAUUGGACGAUGAUAAUGCAGGAUGUCGAGAGCAGCGGUAGAGUUUGCCUUGAUCCCAUCGUGCUUUUCCUCUGCUGGUGGAGUCUUUGAGUCGCCAUGAGAAUGCUGUGACACUUCCAGCAGGUUACCUGCAGACCACGGGUGGGCAGAGCGUGGGCAAGGUCAAGUCCAACCGAGGAGCCAUCGUCACAACAAGAUGAAAUUCCCGUUCUAUUGGCUUCUCAUUAAGCAGGCACAGUAACGUUUCUUUGUAGAGACUUGCUAUACAAACUCUUUUGGUUAUGGCUACUGAUCCAACGUGACUGGGCAUGCGGUGACUGCUGAACUCAUGACUGGAUAUACGAUGUUGCGGAAUGGGGGAGUGGGGAACGGAGGCCAGCCGUGGUUGUUGAGGUGGUCCAGUCGGAUCCGGCUUACCUGGCUGAGUUUUAUCCUCUUUGUCAUCCUAGUCUUUUUUCCCCUUAUCGGGCACUACUACCUGACGACCAUCGAUGACGCAGAUGAUGCCGGCAAGCGCAUCUUUGGCCCUCGGACUGGCAAUGAGCUGUGCGAGGUGAAGCACGUGCAGGACCUGUGCCGCAUCCGCGAGUCGGUCAGCGAGGAGCUGCUGCAGCUGGAGGCCAAGCGGCAAGAGCUCAACAGUGAGAUUGCCAAGCUCAACUUGAAGAUUGAGGCUUGCAAAAAGAGCAUCGAGAAUGCCAAGCAGGACCUGCUGCAGCUGAAGAACGUCAUCAGCCAGACUGAGCAUUCCUACAAAGAACUGAUGGCUCAGAACCAGCCAAAGCUCUCCUUGCCAAUCCGGCUGCUGCCAGACAAAGACGAUGCGACCUUUCCCCUGCCAAAAUCCAAUCGGAACUGCAGGCUGCACAAUUGUUUUGACUACUCGCGAUGCCCGCUGACAUCUGGCUUUCCAGUCUAUGUCUACAACAGUGACGAUUACCCUUUUGGUAGUUCCUUAGACCCUUUAAUUAAACAAGCCUUUGAGGCGACUGUCAGAACUAAUGUUUAUGUUACUGAGAAUGCAAAUAUUGCUUGUGUGUAUAUAAUUUUAGUGGGGGAAAUGCAAGAGCCCGUAAUGCCAAAACCUGCUGAACUAGAGCAACAGUUGCACUCUUUGCCAUAUUGGAGGACUGAUGGACAUAACCAUCUCAUCAUCAAUUUGUCCAGGAAAUCAGAAACUCAGAACUUUCUUUACAACAUCAGCACAGGGCGUGCCAUGCUUGCCCAGUCUACGUUUUAUGAUGUGCAGUAUCGACCGGGCUUUGAUAUUGUGGUGUCACCUCUGGUCCAUGCUAUGUCUGAACCUAACUUCCUGGAGAUCCCACCCCAGGUGCCAGUCAAGCGUAAAUACCUGUUUAGUUUCCAGGGGGAGAAGAUCGAGUCUCUCAGAUCUAGCUUGCAAGAAGUUCGCUCUUUCGAAGAGGAGAUAGAAGGCAACGCCCCGGCUGACUACGAUGAUCGCAUUAUCACCACCUUGAAGGCUGUUCAGGACAGCAAGCUGGACUUUGUUUUGGUGGAGUUCACGUGUAAGAACCAGCCUAAGGCGAGUCUGCCCACUGAGUGGGCUCUGUGUGGAGAAAGGGACGACAGACUAGAGCUACUGAAGCUAUCUACUUUUGCACUGAUAAUCACCCCCGGGGACACCCGGUUAGUGAUCUCCGCUGGGUGUGCCAUGAGACUGUUUGAGGCUCUGGAAGUCGGAGCCAUCCCGGUGGUUCUUGGAGAGCAAGUCCAGCUACCCUACAACGACGUGAUCCGGUGGAACGAGGCAGCCUUAAUCAUACCAAAGCCACGUAUCACAGAAGUGCACUUUCUUCUGAGAAGCAUUUCUGACAACGAUCUGCUUGCCAUGAGGAGGCAGGGCCGCUUCUUGUGGGAGACUUACUUCUCCACCUCUGAUAACGUGUUCAGCACAGUCUUGGCUAUCAUAAGGACUCGAAUCCAAAUCCCGGCUGCUCCUAUCCGAGAAGAAACUGCAGUGGAGAUUCCCCACCGAUCUGGCAAAGCUGCUGGUACAGACCCCAACAUGGCAGACAACGGUGACCUGGACUUAGGGCCUGUGGAAACAGAACCACCCUAUGCAUCUCCCAAAUAUCUCCGCAACUUCACCCUCACUGCAAUGGACAUCUACAGGAGUUGGAAUUCCGCUCCGGGGCCUUUUCACCUCUUUCCCUAUACUCCCUUUGACCCUGUUUUGCCAUCGGAAGCAAAGUUUUUAGGGUCUGGGACUGGAUUUCGACCAAUAGGUGGAGGAGCAGGCGGCUCUGGGAAGGAGUUCCAGGCUGCUUUGGGUGGCAACGUCCCCCGGGAGCAGUUCACAGUGGUGAUGCUAACUUACGAGCGGGAGGAAGUUUUGAUGAACUCCCUAGAAAGGCUCAAUGGUCUCCCGUACUUAAAUAAAGUUGUGGUAGUGUGGAACUCUCCCAAGCUUCCCUCUGAGGAUCUCUUGUGGCCAGACAUUGGUGUUCCAAUCAUGGUUGUCCGCACAGAGAAGAACAGCCUGAACAACCGCUUCCUGCCGUGGGAUGAGAUCGAGACAGAAGCCAUCCUGUCCAUCGACGACGACGCUCACCUUCGCCACGACGAGAUCAUGUUUGGGUUCCGGGUCUGGAGGGAGGCGAGGGACCGCAUCGUUGGCUUCCCGGGGCGCUACCACGCGUGGGACAUCCCCCAUCAGUCCUGGCUCUACAACUCCAACUACUCUUGUGAGCUCUCGAUGGUGCUCACUGGUGCUGCCUUCUUCCAUAAGUACUACGCCUACCUGUACUCCUACGUGAUGCCGCAGGCCAUCCGCGACAUGGUGGAUGAGUACAUCAACUGCGAGGACAUCGCCAUGAACUUCCUGGUGUCACACCUCACAAGGAAACCUCCCAUCAAGGUGACCUCCCGCUGGACUUUCCGCUGCCCUGGCUGCCCCCAGGCGCUUUCACACGAUGACUCUCACUUCCACGAGCGGCACAAGUGCAUCAAUUUCUUUGUCAAGGUGUACGGGUACAUGCCUCUGCUCUACACCCAGUUCCGCGUGGACUCGGUCCUCUUCAAGACCCGCCUGCCCCAUGACAAGACAAAAUGCUUCAAAUUCAUCUGAAAGCAGGAGGGAGCAGGGCACCCCGGCUUCCGAACUCCAUCUGGAGGUGGGGGGGCUGAGGGGGGCUCUUCAGCUGGGCUUCGAUGCUUGACGCCUCCUGCCACAGACUCCGGUCUCCUCCCACGGAGCACGAGGGACGUCGGGGACCUGGCGGUUCUGUCAGGAUGCUCCCUGCGAUCGUACACUGAGGAAUGGUGCGCUGGCUAGUGGAUCUGCCCCUUUCCUGGCCGAGGGCGACCAUUCUUUUUAAUUAUAAUUAUUGUUAUUUAAAAUGAAAGUGUUUUAGAUUUGCCGCGUGAGGCUUUUUUUUUUUCCCUACCCACCCCGUUUUCCCCUGUUGACCCACCACAGCGAGGCCAGCUUGGAGGAGCUGGGCUGCAGAGGUUUCUCCCAGCAUCGAGGCAGCUCUGCUGACCGUGCUGGCCCCAUCCCUUCCCUGCCCCUCUCACACACCGUCGGCCUCACAGCCGCAACUGAGGGCUCCAGCUUUCGUCCAUCUGGGAGCACUUUGCUGCUGGGCUGACCACGCAGGGCCCACCCAAGAGGGGUGAGUGAGGAAGAAGUUGGUCCCAGUGGGUCUUUGCCCAGCUCCCAGCAGCAGGCCCUGUGCCGCAGUCACUGUGGUCUUAUUCCUGGUGCCCUGUGCUGCAGCCAUGGGGAAACCAAGCUGCCCCGUGUGCUCCUAGCUGGCCUGCUGGUGUUGCUGGGAUGGAAGGUGAGGUAUUGGUCCUUUCGAGAUCAUGUAAUGCUUCAGAGGGUGGGGAAAAGAGAUGGGUGUCCUCCUUUGUGCCAGCCAAGCAGCGCCAAAACGAAGCGCCAGCGAUUGCUGGGAUCCCACACUGCCUCGUCCCCAUCGCAAAGCCACGCGCGUGCCCAGGGUGGAUUUACCUGCCUUAAACCCUCGUCCUGCCUGCACACAUGUGUGGCUCUGGGCUGCAUUUGAAGGCUAAUCCCACAAAGACCUUCCAUUCAAGUGGGCUGGGGGACGUAACUGCGAUGGUGGUCAUGGAGCCGGGUUUGGAGCUGGUUCCUCCCCUACCCAGCAGGUGCCGUCAGCUCGACGCACUGCUCUGCUUGGCCGUGGUCCCAUGGGAGGAGGAAGGACAUGGCUGCUCUCCUGCAUGUACCUUCAGCAGCACCACAGAGCACAGGGAAACGAGGAGUGACGUCUGGUUCUCCCUUUGUGUACUGUUUCUCUUUUUAGUUUUAACAUCAGGCGCUGGAAACAGAGUGUGAAGGUUCAGUCUCUUUAAAUAGAGGAGCAUUAAAUGGAGCAUGGGUGGCAGCCAGGGUGGGGGCAGCUGUGGAUUGCACUUUAUAUAAAUAGAGAUACACACUUCCCAUCAGCUUAUUUUCAGAAGUCUUAGGGGGAAAUGUCCUUAUUUUGGUGAGACUGUAAUACAGGGAGCUCGGAAGAUGCGGAUGUACCAUGAAGUGUUUGUGUUGCCAUUUGCAUUGCAAGGUCUGGUAGCUGAGCCUCUGUGCAUGGCAGCUGUCAGACACCCACCUCCUGUACCCCAAAACCUAAACCCGCGUCGGCCCUCAGCCCCAAGGCUGGGUGGGCUCUUCCUUUCCAUCAUGGCUUCUCAUUCACAGGCCAGUAGAAACAGUGGUGGAAAGUCGCGUUGUUCUUCCAGGCUUUCAGCUCUCUCAUCCCUUGCCCAGCCUGUUGGUUUUUCGGACAUGCCUGGCACCACGACUGUGAUGGGGUGCCUGCAGGGUGGGGUUGAGUUGCAGGAUGGUUUCCUGUUUGCUGAACCCUAAAGGGAUUUGGGGUGAGGGUGGGUGGGUGCUGCGAUGUGCUGGUGGCAGGAGGGAAGGGGCCAUGGGGCCGUGCAGGGCUGUCUCCAUCUCCACCCUCAGUCUUCUGUUGCUAGGAAGAUUGUCCCACUCUGCCCCAACAGACACCAGAACCCUUCCAGAGCACGGAUCUGUGAUUCAUGCCCAACUUUCUGCUCCGGUGGCAUCCUGCAGGCUUCCCUCAUUGUCAGGGAGAGAGGCAUCCCUGAGAACAGCCCUUGCCACUGUCCCCAUCAUCCUGGUGACCAGCAUCUCUGCCGUGGGUUUUGUGAUGGUCCCAGGGCAAUGCUGAAGCUCAGGUCAGGUUGUGGGGUUCAUCCCGGUGAGGGUCCCUUUCCCAAAGGAAGGCCUUUUCCCUUUUUGGAUGUUUCUGCUGCUUCAUCCCAGGACUGGGGCUGCAGCUGGGUGUGGAGUGAGGUUCUCUCCUGUUCACUGUAAAUAGCAUCGCCAGUGGUGCCGCCCUGCCCUGUGCCAACUGCCCCGGGGGCACCGGGUUCAAAGAAAAAUGGAGGCAAAAAGGAACACUCCUUCAACACGAGCACAAUAUUCAUAUGUUGAUUUUUUUUGUAAAAGGAUCCAAUAAAUGGAGAGUUUAACUUGA